AAGAAGAGUUGGCAAGAUGAAGAUGUUGUCUGGUUCAAAAAUGAAGGUAGAAGAUCCGGGAGAUUCUGUAGGAAAUCUGCAGGAUCUUGUUUUCCAAACUGUAAAGGUUUUGUUAUUUAAAUCUCUAUUCAUCUUCUCCGUGUCCUCCUCAUCAUCAUCAUCAUCAUCAUCAUCGUCGUCUUCAUCGUAAUUCAUAGCCGAAUUCGUCGUCAUCGUCAUGGGACUCCCUGCUCAAACUCAGUUUCAUGUUCUUGCCGUCGAUGAUAGUCUCGUCGACAGAAAAUUGAUCGCGAAGCUUCUCAAACUCUCUUCGUAUCAAGUUACUACGGUGGAUUCUGGAAAUAAGGCAUUGGAAUUUCUAGGGUUGAAUAAUGAGGAUCUGAACGCAGUUUCUCCGACACAAGUUAAUUUGAUUGUUACAGAUUAUUGUAUGCCAGGCAUGACCGGCUUUGAUCUCCUUAGAAUGAUCAAGGAGUCUGCAGAUUUUAAAGACAUACCGGUAGUGAUCAUGUCAUCAGAGAAUAUCCCAUCAAGAAUAAACAGUUGUUUAGAACAAGGAGCAGAGGAGUUUAUAUUGAAGCCAGUUAAAUUAUCAGAUAUGGACAGACUUAAACCUCAUUUGUUGAAGACAAGAUCCUACAAUAAAAAGAGAAUGGAAGAAGAAACUCAUGACUCAAAACACACACAACAGAAACAGUGAUUUUGAUUAUUUACAGUUAGUUUAAAUUCUUUUAUAGUAAUAUAUAAUUCAUUAAAUAUUUGCUUAUUUAUUCUUUUUUUAGAAACCAUAUUUGAAAUUCUUUCAUCAAAUUUCAUGAACAUUUUUUUUUUGUGAU